AUUAAGCACUAUUACAUGUUUUCACGCUACAUGAUUUCCAUAUCUCUCUCUUUCUCAUAUACCUCCUCCUAGUAGUAAAUGCAUAUACACUGAUCAACCAUUCCAUUUGGUUAUAGCAUUAGUCCAGCAGGGGAUUUCUUUGCCAUAUGGGAAUUCUAAUACUACUUCAAAAGGUUUUCUUUCUGUUAGAGAUGUUCCUAUUACCUCUCUUAAUAUUAUGUGAUCUCCAAGCUCUUAAGAGCACGGUUCAAUCUCCAUUCCCCACAAACUUUCUCUUUGGCACUGCCUCCUCUUCUUAUCAGUUCGAAGGCGCUUACUUGAGUGAUGGUAAAGGUUUGAACAAUUGGGAUGUUUACACUCACAAACCAGGUACCAUAAUUGAUGGAAGCAAUGGGGAUGUUGCUGUGGAUCAUUAUCAUCUUUAUCCAGAAGACAUAGAUCUAAUGACUUCCCUCGGAGUGAACAGCUAUCGGUUCUCAAUUUCAUGGGCAAGAAUUUUACCUAAAGGGAAAUUGGGAAAUGUCAAUUUGGAUGGCAUUAACUUCUACAACAAGCUUAUUGAUGGUCUCCUACAUAAAGGAAUCCAACCAUUUGUAACGUUGACCCAUUUUGAUAUUCCUCAAGAACUCGAGGAGAAGUAUGGAGGUUGGCUCAGUCCCAAAUCACAGGAGGAAUUUGCAUAUUUUGCUGAAAUCUGUUUUAAGUUCUUCGGAGAUAGGGUCAAGUACUGGGCCACCUUCAAUGAGCCAAAUUGCCAAGUGAUAAUGGGGUACCGCACAGGUGAAUUCCCACCGUCGCGUUGCUCAGGUCCCUUUGGAAAUUGUACUCAUGGGGAUUCAGAGAGGGAGCCCUUUGUAGCAGCCCAUAAUAUUAUUCUAGCACAUGCAGCUGCUGUUCAAAAUUAUAGAACAAAAUUCCAGAAAGAACAAGAAGGUAGCAUUGGGAUUGUCUUACAUGCCGCCUGGUUUGAACCCAUUAGCAACUCCACACCAGACAAGCUGGCAGCUGAAAGAGCCCAAUCCUUCUUUUUGAACUGGUUCUUGGACCCAAUAAUAUUCAGAGAUUAUCCAGCAGAGAUGAAAGAAAUUCUAGGAUCUAUCUUGCCAGAAUUUUCAAACAAUGAUAGGGAAAUGCUAAAGAAUGGAUUGGAUUUUAUUGGCAUCAACCAGUACACCAGUUACUACGUCCAAGACUGCAUUUCCUCCAUAUGUGAACCUGGACCAGGGGUGACCAAGACAGAAGGUUAUUACCGACAAAGUUCACAGAAAGAUGGCAUGCACAUUGGAGAACCUACUGAUUUGGAAUGGCUAAAUGUUUACCCACUGGGAAUGGAGAAAAUGGUUACCUAUGUAAUGGACAGAUACAAUAACAUACCCAUGUUCAUUACAGAAAAUGGGUAUGGCGAGGAGGACAAUCCAAAUAUCACCGUAGAAGAGCUUCACCACGAUGUUAAAAGAGUAGAGUACAUGGACCACUACUUAGAUGCACUCUUGAGAGCAGUAAGGAAAGGAGCAGAUGUGAGGGGUUACUUUACCUGGUCCUUGCUUGACAACUUUGAGUGGAAUUUUGGAUAUACAAUAAGGUUCGGAAUCCACCAUGUUGACUAUACCACGCUGAAGAGAACCCCAAAAUUAUCAGCAAGUUGGUACAAACAGUUCAUUGCAAAGCAUACGAUCAAUCCCAUAAAACCAAAGAGUGAUCAGGAACAGUUCCAGUAUUAAUUAAAUAUCUUAUUUCUCAAUGUUUUGAUACCAAAAAAGAAAAAGUGAAAAACAUGGCCAUAUGUUGUUCACCUGGAGGAAAAGAAAAGUUUGCUGUUUACUAGCAUAUAUCCAAAACAUUCUCUACAUCCUUCACUUUGAAAUCACAUGUACAAGCUUGUUUGGCUAAAGUUGUGUUGGUUGUUUCAAAAAUUAAGUUUGUAGACCACAUAAAGUGCAUAUCAAUGAUGGGAUAGAUGAUCAUUUUCCAUUCAUCAUUGAGUUUCUGCAUGUUUCUACUAUGUGCUCGGCAAUUUUGAGGAUCUUCACUGCAUUUAAUCUUCCAUUUAUCCACCCU